AUUGAAUAAUAUUUACGAAACAUUAUAAAAACAUAACAUAGAAUUUGUUAUAAACAAAUUCUACGUACAUACAUUAAAGGAUUAACUAUCUCCAUUACCACUCACAUAUAUAACAACAACAUGCAAUCCUCCGAAGGAUCUCCCGAUAUUAUGGAUCAAAAAUACAACUCCGUCAGACUAUCACCAGCUCAGUCAAGUCGCAUUCUUUAUCAUGUGCCUUGCAAAGUCUGCCGUGAUCACAGUUCGGGCAAACAUUACGGCAUUUAUGCCUGUGAUGGCUGUGCUGGAUUCUUCAAACGUUCCAUUCGUCGUUCCCGUCAAUAUGUAUGCAAAUCACAAAAACAAGGACUCUGUGUAGUGGACAAAACACACCGCAAUCAAUGUCGUGCUUGCCGUUUGCGCAAAUGCUUUGAAGUUGGCAUGAAUAAGGAUGCUGUGCAACAUGAACGUGGUCCCCGCAAUUCUACUUUACGCCGUCAUAUGGCCAUGUACAAAGAUGCCAUGAUGGGUGGCCCUGAAAUGAAUCAAAUUCCCACUGAACUUCUCAUGAACACAGCUGCCUUAACUGGCUUCCCCGGAUUACCAAUGCCCAUCCCCGGCUCUCAUCAUUUACAUCCCAGUUUGACCGGUGCCUUCCAACCACCUUCGGUUUUGGAUCUCUCCGUUUCACGUGUACCUCAUCAUCCACAUCAUCAACCUCAUCCCGGGUUCUUUGCUCCCACUGCUGCUUAUAUGAAUGCUUUGGCUGCCACCCGUGUCUUGCCACCCACCCCACCACUAAUGGCUGCCGAACACAUCAAGGAAACUGCAGCUGAACAUCUAUUCAAGAAUGUUAACUGGAUUAAGAACAUGCGCUCAUUCACUGAACUACCAAUGCCCGAUCAAUUGCAACUUCUUGAGGAUUCCUGGAAGGAGUUCUUCAUCCUAGCUAUGGCUCAAUACCUCAUGCCAAUGAACUUCACCCAAUUGCUCUUCAUCUAUGAAUCCGAGAACACCAAUCGUGAUAUCAGCGCUUUGGUGUCACGUGAAGUUCAUGCCUUCCAAGAAGUACUCAACCAGUUGUGCCAUCUCAAUAUUGACAGCAAUGAAUAUGAAUACAUCAGAGCCAUCACACUUUUCCGUAAAUCCAUGUCUGAUGAUCACAUCAACUCUUCUUUGAGCAACAGCAAUGGCAGUCCCAACUCCAGUGUAUCUGCCGAAUCUCGUGGUCUCAUCGAAAACAAUCGUGUAGCUGCUUUACACGACGAAAGUCGCACAGCCUUAAUCACAUACAUUGCUCGCACACAUCCCGGUCAACCCAUGCGCUUCCAAACCAUCAUGAGUGUUCUAUCGCUGAUGAACAAAGUUUCAGCUUUCGCCAUUGAAGAGUUGUUCUUCCGCAAGACUAUUGGUGACAUUACCAUUGUCAGACUCAUAUCGGAUAUGUACAGUCAACGUAAAAUCUAAUUUGAAUCAACAAACGAAUCAAAUGCCGUCGGC